CCCCACCCCUCCGUCAUCAGCUGAUCCUCUCAUUUCAUCUCUGCUGCCUUUUGCUCUCUUUCCAACCAGCUGUCCAUCCGUCACCAUCAGCUCAGGCUUUUUCACAGCCUCCAAGCAUCAUUUGGUCCAUUUUUGACUGUUUUUUUCUUCUUUAUUUGCUUGUUUUUCUUUUUUAUCUACAUUUUCCUCUUUAGUUUGACUAAUUUUCUGAGUUUUUUCCCCAUUUUUAUUUGCUUGCCUUCUGUUUUUUUGCAUCUUUUUCCGUCCUUCUUAGUCUGUUUUUUCUUUUCUCCAUCAUCGGGGCUCAGAGAUAUGAAGCGUCACCAUGGGUUUUAUGGAGUUCUACCUGGAGAUUGACCCCGUCACCCUGAACCUCAUCAUCCUGGUUGCCAGCUAUGUCAUCCUGCUCCUGGUUUUCCUCAUCUCCUGCAUCCUCUACGACUGCCGGGGCAAAGAUCCCACCAAAGAGUACGCCCCCGAGGCCCCGGCGCCGCCCAGCCAGUCGCCCAUUCGCCUGGUUGUCAUGCAGAACUCGCCGGCUUCGUCACGUUACGAACCCAACAACGCGGCGGCGGGACCCGGUGAGCUGCAGACGCCGGACCUGAACCGGGACCGAGAGAGGGAGAAGAGGAGCACUCUGGUCUGAAGACGAGGAGGAGGAGGAGGAGGAGGAGGAGGAAGGUCUGAUGGACGACCGUGAAGAUCUGUUCUGUCACUUUGUGAACAGUAUUUAGUUUUGAACUGAUGUUUUUAUUAUUUUUGAACAAAACUGGAUGAUGAGAAGCUGAGGACACCAGCAGGAGGGUCUCCUGUUGAGAAGACUACAAAUCCCAGAAGCCCCUGCAACUCCCACCUGUCCACCUGCAGAACAUGGGACCGAUGGAGGACACCAUGGACCACCAUGGACCACCAUGGACCUGAACACGUCCACAUGGGACUCAGUUUAAGGAAAAGACAGUGACGAGGUGAACGU